ACAAAUUCUAAAAGUAAAAAUGUGUUGCCAGUAUGUAUACAUGUUAUAAUCUUCUAUUAAUUUUUGUCGAAGAAAUCUCAUGAAACCAAACUAAAUAUGUUGGCAGUUUGAAAAAAUUCAUCGCUGAGGAUAGAUCGCUAUUUUUAAGGAAUUUAAAUUGAACGAAACAGGAAGUCGAAUAAAAAAGAACAAGCUGUGUUUAUAUAAUAAAGUGAAAUAAAAAACAACUGUCACAAUGUUUAAAAAUCAUUUGGAAAUGAUUGGGAGGAAUGAAACUCCAAGCAAAAAAGCAAAAUUCUGGCAGUCAUACAUACGAUCUUUAAAAGGAUCUGAAGAUAUCCGUGCCCAUGAAACACCAAAAGUACGUUCAUUUAGGCCUUACAGUGCAUACGUUGACUCGCCAUCAACUUACCGCAGUAUUUUCGACGAGCCUGCAACUCCGUCUGAGAGAAUUCAUUCAGUAGGAUACCGAUACCAACCCGUUUCUAGAGAUACAUACGGUUAUUCUCCACGCGCAAUUUAUGAUCACCAUUACAGCAGAACAAUUCCAGCAAGCUACGAUGCAGAGAGAGCAUGGAAUGAACACUUGAAGCGGAUGCAAGAAAUCGAGCACAGAUACCCAUCUCGCUACGGUCUGUACCUAAAGGACAAGCCAACUGCUCCAAAUUCCCUUAUUCCUCUGGAAUAUGAACCCGAAGAUAAGCUUCUCAUGCAACUUAAUAAGGCUCGUCGCCCCGCUUCAUCCGUGCCGUUGUAUAGAGCUGGAAGUGUACCACGUUCCUUGAGUGUACCGCCACUUGAACCAUAUGUUCCACCGGCAUAUGACAGGUCUCCAAGUAUCGCACCAAGGGCCCUUAGUCCAAUUCGAAGUGAACACACGCCUCUCCGUGCCCGUUCAGUGGAUCCAUAUUUAGCUGAUGAUUUUUUUAGUAAGUUUGACAGACCAAGUGCAUUUGAACGAUCUGGUUCACCUACACCAGUAAAACCUGGUCGCUGGGGACCACGGCCAGUUGAAGUAGCGUAUGACUCCAAUGGACUUCCAGUCUUUCAUCCAAGGAACCGUUUCAGGAAUCUUUUUGAGCCCAAUCCAAAUGCUCCUAUUUCUCUAUUUAGCCGCGACCCCUUUUGGUGGGAUAUGGAUGACCUAGCUCCCUUCCGUGGCUACCCAAGGUCUUACACGCCACCCUUGAUAAGAGACUCAUUUUUGUCUCCAGUGAAGAACCGCUACUUGUGGGCGAAGCAUCCAGCUAGGCCCCUCCUAUCUCGGUGUAGCUACUAAGCUGAUAACAUCAUUGUAUCCUGGAACUGGAAAUAUGUCUUACUUUAUGCAGUUAAAUUUGAACAAACCACGAAUAGCUAAACAUUUAUUCUUAUUGAAGAAUCGAACGACACGAAUAAUACUAAGAUCUAUCGAAACACGAACAUGUUUUUUUCAUACUCAUAAUAUACAACGCUUUGUUACAUAUAGUUGAAACGAAUCCAUGCAUGUAUUGCAUACCAAUAUAAUAUUCGAGAUAAAAAGAUAAACAAUAUAUUUCGCUUUUUUAUGUGUCACACA